UGGGAUUCAGACUAAAACAUACGGAAUGUGCGUAAACAGCCGAUUAUGCUGGACGCAAAAUGCUCUGCCCAGCGGGCGCCGUCGCGUUUGCUGCCUGCGUUCCUCUCCAAGGAUGAUAAGGCGCACGGAUGCACUAGUCUCACACCUCGUUUUUAAAUGUGCCAAUACUAGCAUCUUUUUCUUCAGCGACCCUUAAUGUGAUCUCAGUUCUUUCUCGUCGGUGUGGAUGGUGUUCAUCUUUAACCUGCCAUCACCAUAGCCCCCCGCGUUGCGUUGGCGCUGCGGAUCUAGCCUACAAGAACAAGAGCCAGCUCGCAGCCGUGGAAAGAAGCGAAUCAAUUUAGGGAAGAGGAAAAGGAAAGACAGAUAGCGAGGUUAGAAAACGAUCGGGAGAAGGGACGAGAGGAGAGAAAACGUCGACCUCACGCUGCAGCCACCGAAACAUUAAGUGAGAAGCAACAGCCUCCACAGAAACAACACUUUCAACAGCAAAUCCUCCCCCAAAUUUGAUUUCUAUUCUAAUGAGUAACAUGGGAACAAAAAAACACAAGGUUCCCUAAACUGACAUUUUGAAAAGAACAAGAUGUUUGAUAGUCAACGAAGUAUGUGCCAGCAAAGUAAAAUAAGACUCUAUUAAUGAUAAAUACAGUCUUUAAUAUAACAUUGCUCCUUUUCCUCUUAAUUUUUAAAGUGACAGCUUGAAAGAGAAAAAGCAGAAUAAGAGCAUAAAGAAUGAACAUCAAGAUAAGCACUUAAAUUCCCUAGUUUGGAGGUGAUUUAUCAACAUUAUAGCAAUAGGGGUGGGUCAUGACUCAGUUGCCAUGCGUGUUGUCAUGGUGACCAGUCCUUGUACCCCUUCCCCCCUCCUCUGGUUGGUCCAGCUUUUGUUGUGGUUUCACAACCAUGGACCUCAACUGACAGAGGCAGCACCCCCCUGUCCCACCCCCUGUACCUGCUCCAAUCAGGCGAGCCGUGUCAUCUGUACAAGGAAGAGUUUAGAUCAAAUCCCAGACAGUAUUUCAGAGAACACAAGAUACCUCAAUCUACAAGAGAACUCAAUUCAGGUGAUCAAAUCUGACACAUUUAAGCACCUGAGGCAUUUGGAAAUUCUCCAGCUCUCCAAGAACCACAUCCGACAAAUUGAGGUGGGAGCUUUCAAUGGCCUUCCCAACCUCAACACGCUGGAGCUUUUUGACAACCGUCUCACAGUGGUACCAUCACAAGCCUUUGAGUACCUCAGCAAACUAAGGGAACUAUGGCUUCGAAACAACCCUAUUGAAACACUCCCAGCAUUUGCCUUUCACCGUGUUCCCUCGUUACGCCGUCUUGAUCUAGGGGAACUCAGAAAGCUGGAUUUCAUCUCAGAGGCUGCCUUUGAAGGUCUGGUAAACUUGCGCUUCUUGAAUCUUGGCAUGUGUGGCUUGAAGGACAUCCCUAACCUAACCCCGCUAGUGCGAUUAGAGGAGCUGGAGUUGUCAGGCAACCAACUGGGGAUAGUGCGGCCUGGAUCCUUCCAGGGCCUCGUGUCACUUCGCAAGUUGUGGCUAAUGCACUCCAGAGUGGCAGUCAUUGAACGCAAUGCUUUUGAUGACCUCAAAAACUUGGAGGAACUCAACCUAUCCCACAACUCCCUGCACUACCUGCCCCAUGACCUCUUCACCCCUUUGCACCAGUUGGAGAGGGUACAUCUCAACCACAAUCCCUGGAUGUGCAACUGUGAUGUUCUGUGGCUCAGCUGGUGGCUGAAAGAAACAGUUCCCAGCAACACCACAUGUUGUGCUCGCUGCCAUGCACCCCCAGGUCUAAAGGGCAAGUACAUUGGAGAACUAGACCAGAGCCACUUUACCUGCUAUGCCCCAGUGAUUGUUGAGCCCCCCACUGACCUCAAUGUCACUGAAGGCAUGGCUGCUGAGCUGAAAUGUCGUACUGGAACCUCGAUGACCUCUGUGAAUUGGUUUACUCCAAAUGGCACUCUGAUGACCCAUGGAUCAUACCGAGUGAGGAUCUCAGUGCUUCAUGAUGGAACGCUAAACUUCACAAAUGUGACUGUGCAAGACACUGGACAGUAUACCUGCAUGGUAACCAACUCUGCUGGAAACACCACUGCAACUGCUGUGCUCAAUGUGUCUGCUUCAGACCCCAGCAACAGCUACAGUUAUUUUACCACUGUCACUGUGGAAACAGUAGAGGCAGAUAAAGGCAGUAUAGGAGAUGAUAAGAACUCAGCAAGACAGUAUAUUAACGAGACCUUCAUAGAUUUUUCUAAUCCUACUGUCCAAAGAGGGGUGUUAGAGGGCCAACCUGGCAUCACUAUAUCUCCUUCUCUCUCUUCUCUUUCUUCCCUGUCCCCACGAGCCAACAGAGCUACUGAAAAUGCAGUGACUGUUUCCAUAAUGGAUGUAACUAACAUUCCAGGCCUGGAUGAUGUAAUGAAGACAACUAAGAUCAUCAUUGGUUGCUUCGUGGCCAUUACUUUUAUGGCAGCUGUAAUGUUGGUGGUCUUCUACAAACUCCGGAAGCAGCACCAGCUACACAAGCAUCACGGCCCAGCCAGAGCCAUUGAAAUUGUCAAUGUAGAAGAUGAAAUUGGAGCAGGGCCUGGAAGUGGCAUCUCAGGUGGUUCAACAAUGAAUUCUGGCACAGGUGGAGAAGGAACCCUAAGGAUACAUCAUCCUGAAAUCGUCAACCUUCCCAACAUUGGCCGUACUGAUACUCUCAACCAUUACUACAAGACACAUCAUUUCAACAACAAUGUGAUGGGUCUUAGUACUGGCAACGAUGGGAUGGGACAAGGAGGGAUCCUCAGUAGCAAGAACCAGCAAGGCCAGGAUAUCCCCAUCUCAUGUACCUCAGUCCCAAUCUCUUCAUCUAAUUUGCUCACCUCAUCAGGCAAUGGUACCAACACCAACCCCAAUUCUAUGGCCCCACCACUGCCGAUGUCUCUCCCCAUGCCUACUAUGGGCUUACAUGGAUCAAUCAAGGGUUUCAUGGGCCAAAACCAGAAUCCCCAAAUGGAGCCUCUUCUUUUCAAGGGAAGCUCAAAGGAAAACGUCCAAGAGACUCAGAUCUAAAGACAAAAGCGAGCAUAUAGAGAGAGAGUGACCAAGAGUUGGAGACAGAGAGGAGAUUGAUUUUGGGUUUAUGCACAGAAUGAUUAGACACUAGAGUGCAUUGACAUUACACCAGAAGAGAGGACGGAUUGACAGGGCAACACUCAAACACACAGACUUAUCCGUGACAGUGUACUGAGCCAAGGAUUACCACAAUGGGCCACUUGUGCUUGUAGUAAUGAUCAUGGCCAUGGAGAUCAAGGAAUGGACAUUGCUACAAUGUAAAUCUGUGCCAAAGCAAAUGUUUUUUGCAGUUUCUACAAGCUGUGUUCUCAUAGGGAAAAACUAGCCUUUCAGAGUAACCAGUCCUCAAAUUGUUGUUGGCCAGCAGAGAUGAAAGACAUGCACAGCACUUGCCAGACUGAAGAUCUGAGAUAUUGCAGAACAAAAUCCAAGAGACAUUUUUCUUUCACACUAAACAGAAGCCACACUCUCUCUCAAGUGACUCAAUAGACUCCCUCAUGGUGAAAAUUAUGUAGGCAUAAAUAGAUGGACAAAAAGGUACAGUACAGUACAAACUACUGUGAAAAAUCCACAAAUUAUAUAAAUAUAUUUUCAUUUAAAUAUGUAUCAUUGCAGACUCCAAUGCAGAGCUAUUUGGGGUGGAUGUAUAAGCUGGUAUAGUUUGUUUCUUUGUGAAUAAUCAGGAGUGGCAAUAGUGGAGGUUGGUUAUGAUACAUGUUUUAAGUUUGGCGACUUCUCAGAAACAAAGGGCUCAAUUGCAACACUCAUUGUGAAUCUUUGAAUUGGCUUUGUGACAUAAAAUCCAUUUAGGUUGUAGAACAGUAAAUGCAGAUCUCUGUUUGACAAAGUUUUGUCUGUUGCUUCAGUAAUAAUCAUUACAAAGUUUUGUGUUCUCAGAGUGUAUUAUGUAUUUUGUAAAAGCCAGCUACUUGGUAUUUGAAUCGACAAUUCUGAUACGUAAACGCCAGCAUCGACUAAUGGUAAAACUACAAUAUGUUCCACAAACACAGAAAGCAAAUCCAACGCAAAAACCUGUAUGGGUAAAAUAAAGUGUUGACAUUGUGUUACUUGAAUCAGAUCAGUAGCCAGAUAUAUGCUUUAGGCAGGAAUUUGAUAUGACCUUGCUCAUGGUUACCAUAAUCGUGCCAUAAAAUGCUGUGAUAAGGAUGAGACAUCACUCUGCGGGAGCUUUCAUGAAGGGAUUAAACAUCCAUCUUUGGAUGACUGGAAUGAAUGGAAAUGUACAGUAUAUUAAUAAUAAUAAUGUCUGGUUGUAUGACAAUUGUAAGAUCCACAUUUUUACAGUGUAACUUUCAUAUGUUAAAUGCCAUUUACGCUUCUUGCGUUUCAACUAUGUAUUUCUUUAUUUUUGUUAGUUUGAUAUAAUGUGUACAGUUGUCUAGCCAUGUAUCAUUACGUGUGAAAUAAAUCAAUCAUAUAUUGGGCUGUGGCAGGUCAAUAUGGCAACCACAUAAGUAAAAGAGCGAGACGUUACGCAGGCCUCUGUGCUAAACCUGGACUAAAUGUAUGGUUUGUGGUUAAGUCAUUAGUCAUUCUGGUAAUGAUGGGUGCCAUCUGCUCGAUGUUCAGGCAGGCAUUUAGUCACUGUAGAUGUUCUUUAGGUUUUACAAAAUGAGUGCUUUUAACACAACUAGACGGUCUUAUUCUAAAUGAAGGUGCUUUGUCUGAAAUUAGUCCCCAGUUCUUGUCCCAUGAUGAUCUUUAAUGCUAGUUCUGAAGUGAAGAGAUGGUUAAGGAAUUGAAAUACUGAAUAUAUCACCUGCUUUGGAUAACAUACUAUACACUAUUUAUCAAGAGGGGACCUAAAAUGUUUGUUGCAAUUGAGCACGAAUUGGACAUAUGACCAGUUAAUCCAUUUUAAUGUACCUGAGAUAGUAUUAUCAACAAGGUUUUCAACUGUAAUGCAGCUAAUAUGUGAUUUUGCUGGCUUUUUCUUUGUCUUUUUUUUGCACUUCUCCCUCAGACCUGCGUAUAUAUACAACAUAUAUAGGAGGUGUUUUAUGCCCAAUGAUGGUUUUUCUUAUCAGCAAUGAGCCUACGCUUAUUGGAAGAAAAAGAACAUUGAGGAAUAGUCAUAAUGAUGAUGAUAAUAUCAGAGAUUAUUGUAUAUCAGAAAAAAAACCCAGACUGUGCUGUCACAGAGGUUAAUCAAUGAAAGGAACAUCUUCUACAUCAAUACAUAUCACAUUUAUCCCAUAAAACAUCAGACAUCUUUUAAAAUGUCUUUUUAUACCCACAGUGCCACAUGUAAACAGACUGAUCUAAAUUUCACACAUGUAUUUUCUCAGCUUGGUAUUAGUGUUUUGGUUCAUAAAUCUUAUUCAUUAGUAAAUGUGUUGCAACCCAGUUGAUAUAUUUAGUGGGCAGGGUUCAGCUGAAGCCCCACAGAGACACAAAUAGAAUUUAAAUGAAGGCUAAAGACACAACAUAUGGCUGCUCCCUUGAUGUGCUACGUUUGGUGGCUCUGUCAUCUGAUUUCAAAGAGCAUACUAGAUACCUCCUUGUGUGCUGUGUGUGGGGGUAGGUUUUCUGCAUCUUAACCAUGGCAUCAAUCUUCACAUGACUUUUGUAGCAGUGUUUUACCAUGAUGGUGCCUCUCCCAAUCAGCGCAGAAAUGUUCCUUUCAUACCUCCGAACAGCUGUAACAUGAACCACACACAGUUAUCAUCAUUGUUAUUAACAUUUGGAAGAAAUGCAGAAGGGCUUUGUUGCAUCUUAGUAUAGUGGCUGGCAUUGUAUAUAUACUUGAUGCUAUUGAAAAGGAGGCUCAUUCAAGUGGUGUUAGCAGACAUGUGACCCUUUUAAUGAAGAUCACAAGCUUGAGACUGGAAUCUGAAUAUCUGUGACUGUAACUCCCAGUAUAUGAUGAUGGUGUUUUGAUGCAGUUUGGCUACAAACAGAGUGCUGGCAUAUGUGUACCCUCUGCACCAUGCGCUGCUUAUGGAUGCUUCAGCCCUGAUGAGAUUUCUUGGUUUGUCGCAAGCAAAACUCCUUAUUGAAAUGGAUUAUCGUAUCUGAGACACCAAAUUGCAAGACCAGAAAGUGGACUGACCUUUGGUCCUUUGAAGGUAAGCUGCUCUGUUUGAUAGAACAAUCUUAAAAAACCUGGGUCUGUUUCAAAAGCUUUUUAAAACAAAAGAAAACAGUGUUAACUCUAGAAAAAUUUAGAUUUCUUUAAUACAAAAAAGGUGAAUUUUUUUCUCUAUUAUUUUCCAUUUGUUGGUUGUCUCUUGGUAUGUAAUGUUAUCACUUUGGGUCUUUCUGUAUUGUCAUUAAAUGUCAUUUCUUUUCGACACAUUCAUGCAGGUACACAGUGACAGCAGAGUUUUUUCUUAAGUUAUAGCAAAAUCAACAUGCGCUGUACUUGCACUUCAAUGACUGUCAUAUAAUGACUGAGAGGUAUAUUAUUUCACUGUUUGCUACUUCUGUAACUUCAGUUGUCCACCCACUGUACGGAGUUAUUCUGGUAUUAGAAACAUCUGCCACUUUCAUUCUUUGUUGUGAUUACAUCCUCCAGAGCACCACAACAAAUUAAAUGAGAAAUGAGUUAACAAGUUCAACAUGAUGAUGUUUCAAAUAAGUUAUUGCGUGAAAUUUUAUAAAACAAAUUGAAAAAAAGUCUGCGCAAUAAUUGUGUUUAUAAUGUAUUUUGUUACUUCUUUUCAUCCCUUUUCUUUUCACCCUUUAUUUAGGAAACAGGGAACAGGCUUUCAGAAUAAGGUAAUGGUUGAACACAAUGGCCCCUUGUACUCUGUACAAUUAUACUGUAUUAGGUGGUAGCUUGUCAUAUAAAGGUACAUGCAAACACU